UGGAGAAAAUUUGAAUAUUUUGUACUAAAAUAGUAAUAAAUUGGGGAAAACCAAGUGCACGGGUUGGGAAUCAGUUUGCUUCGAAUGCCUCUUCGGUAAACAUGUCUUCGUUGAGUAAGUGCUUCUACGAGGUGUCGGCCGGGAAGACCUGCCGCGACCUUUGGCAUCCGGAGUUCGUAACUUGUCGAUCGUACUUUUUCGACUUGUGGAAGCGGAUCAUACCGGGAAGUUUCAAGUUCUACAUUCCGCUGUUGAUCCUUCCCCCGUUGGUCAAAACGGACGGUUUGACCGGAUCGUACCUGGUGAACCACUUCCUGGAGUACCUGCACAUCUCGGUGGCGACCUAUGUCCAGGCGGCGCUCUCUCUGACCUUCCAGUGUACUUGUUUCAACCUGCUCGGAUACCUCAACUACUGGGGCGUGAUGUUUUGGCCCUGCCUACUGGGAGUCGCCCUGGGACCCCGGCUUCCCCCGCAGCACCUACGCCUACAGGGAAUCACAUUCUUCAAUAUGAUGGUGGAAACAAUGGUUCGAAAGAGUCGAUUGGGCAUCGUUCGAUACCUGAGGACCUCGAAAGCGGCCGGAACGCUCAGCUUUAUGUUCUUUAGUGCGAUGAUCGUGGCCAAACUGCACACCGGAGUUGUGAAACAAUUUUGGUUGAUUAAUCCCCCCGCUACUCGAGAAGAAGCCAAAAGCGGGUGCACUCACAGGAACUCCUGCUCUAACCAUUUGCUGGACGGAAUUCUGAAAUAUGGCUCCAUCGGAUUGAUUCUGGAAACUGCACGUGCUUUGAUCACCAAAUUUACACUCCUCAUGUCAAAUCGAUCUCAAUUUUUGAUAGAAUUCAGGCAAAUUUGGAACACUAAAUUAGCUUUGUUUCUGGCAUUCUACGUUGGUAUCUACAGAAGCACUAACUGCAUACUGACGCACUUCCAGCUGGAUAGAUCUUCGUUUGGGCCUGCACUCUCCGGAUUCUUGGCCGGAAGUGCCUACUGUCUGUACCCAAAAUAUCAAGUCUUCACUUUGGGCUUCACCAAAGCGAUUGAGAUUUCCUGGGAACAUUGGAUCAAAACGAAACCCAACCUUCCAGCGCUGGUGCUCAGAUUCUCCCGGCUACCGUUCGUCUUCCUGGCCCAAAUCGUAUCCUUCGGCUAUCUGGGACACAUCUACGCCUUUUAUCCGCACCUGUCGCCCUCGUUCCACGUCAAAGCGAUGGAUUUCUGCUCCAAAAAUCUUACCCUGAACAUGCGGCGGACGCUGAUCGGGUGGAUGAUGGGACACGGUGGCUCCUCCUAAGGAUUGGGACAACUGCAUGGAAUUGUAACUCGUAAGACAAGA